AUGGCGGUCCUUGAAGCCUAUAAAGGCGAAGUAAUAGGCUACGCAUCCCGCGCAGCUGCAUACAACAACACAGCCAGUAUCCCCUUCUACAUCCUGCAAGCAGCCUUCCUCGUGACCGCUCCAGCCUUCUACGCAGCAUCCCUCUACAUGACGCUCUCGCGUACCAUGCGCGCCUUGAACGCUACACAUCUAUCACCAAUCCGCGUCUCGCGGCUUACGAAAAUCUUUGUGGUUGGCGAUAUGAUGUCGCUUAAUAUACAAUGCGGUGCCUCGAGCUUAGCAUCACAUCCCAAGACUGCGCAAGUGGGUUCUGAUCUCGUGGUUGUGGGAUUAAUCAUUCAGCUGUUAUUGCUAUUUGUGUUUUUCGUUACCACGACAGUGUUUCAGAUGCGGUUUGGGAGAGAAUCAAGAGGGGUAUCGCCGGUUCCGUGGAAGAAGACGUUGGGUAUGGUUUAUGGCGUUUGUGGGUUGAUCUUUGCGAGGUCGGUGUUUAGGGUUGUGGAAUAUGUGCAGGGGGCGGAUGGGUUUUGUUUGCGACAUGAGUGGACGCUUUAUGUGUUUGAUGCGGUACCUAUGCUGGUUGUCGCAGCGCUGUUUUGGGUUUGGUGGCCGGGAUUUGUUACGGGGGCUGUUGAGAGGGAUGGGGAGGGAGUUGAGUUGAAUGGGAGGGAUAAGGAUGGGGGAAUCUAG